AUUGUGCUUCAUUUGAGACAAGAAAGACAAACUACGCUAAAUAAACGAUAAAGUGCAAUAAUACUUCCAAUUGUCAACCAACACUCAUAAGUUUAUUGUAAAAUUAAAGUUAUCAAAAGAAGCCACAUAAUACUCGGUAUUGUAAAGUAUGCCAUUUGUUGUAAACAAUAAUCGAUGUUGUUUUACAAGACUUGACACGCGACGCAGAAUCAUAUGUGAAACCAAAAUAAUCCUGAAUAAUCUUCAGAAAUUAUAAGAGCGAUUGAUAAUGUCAUAGUUGUCUAAGAUUAAUUCCAACAAUGUGAUGUGAAAGCGAAUUAUUUUUACUUGUUUGCUCCAGUUGCUAGAGUUUAAAGAGAGAUUCUAAGCGCACAAAACAGAUACAAUGGAAAAACAGAAAGCACGACAGAAAAAGAAGAAAGACCGAAUGCGAGCCUCUCGUUUAGAGCGAGAAAUUCCCGAUGCUCCAACUCUCGAGGAGUUCGAAUGUCUACUCGGGGAAUCACCAACAAAUUAUCCUCGAGGUGAAGGCAUUGAAAAUAUGGAAAGCGAAUUGCAUUCUGCAGCAAUAGACACGGAAAUUUAUGAAAAAGAGAGCUGUCGAGUCGUGAUAAUUGAGGCAGAUCAGAUAUCAACUGGCGAAGAUCUUGAAGAACAAGUCGAAUCCGUCGACGAAGUAGACAUCGGAAUUCCAGAAGCUUCCGCACCAAAGGAAGAAAAAGAAGAGGAAGCACUCAAUUCUGUAGAAGAAAUUAGCGUCAACGUUUCCAACAUUCAGCUGACAGACAGUCUUCCAUCAGCUCCUAUUAUUGAAAAUGCGACUGCAAAUCCACCGCCACAGUUGGCUCCGCAACUUUUUCUCAAAUCAGACAAAUCCUUUCUCAAGCCCCGAACAUCAUCGCUUGAAAAAUGCAAAUCAGAUUCCAAGUUGAUGAGACCUUUCACCGAAAAGCAGCUGGCUGCGCUCUACACGAAUCAGGAAUUGUCCCUCGUUGAAAGUUUCAUCAACGAAUUCGUGGAGUACCAACUUCGAGGCCACAGCGUCCGUCAACAGCACCGCUUACAGGAACUUCUCAUGAGCUACCUUCGAGUCCGGAAUCACCUGAUUGUCAACUCUCACGAACUCGAGAUUCUCAAGAAAUCCUGCAAGGACAUCCAGAAGCAACUCUGGUGUUUGGACAAGGCCUCGAUCACCGAAUAUGGCGAGUGUCAAGAUGGGAAUCCAGUCAGCGCGACUCACGAGUACUCGGUCGCGCAUUUCAAUAAAAAAACCCUCGUCGCCCUAACGAAAAAUCUCUCGGCCAUCAAGGAAUCUUUACACAAUGCGCAUGCAUUGUACUGCUACGAAUCUGACACUCUGAAGCUUCAGAUAGAACAUUACGUCCAGAGAGUUUGCAUCUCGUGCAAGGAGUUUGCCAAUUUGGCCCAAAACGCCCCAGUGAGUCUCGAGCCAUUCCAGAUGGCCUCGCACAUGAUGCCGCAGCUCGUAGAGCUCAGAAUGUGCAUAUCGAUCCUCUUCAACUUUCAGAGACGAGUCUUGAAAGACGGGAAGUUUGUGACUGACUCUAGAGACUGGCUCACGAAAUUGGUCGCGGUUUUGCUGAGAGUCGCGACCUGGCAAGAUCAUCUCUUUCUGCUGAAUCACGUGCUCAGAUGUCCAGGUGGCGUCACAUCCUGGGCUCGAGGUUACAUCCAGAUUCCAGUUCCAUCCAGAAAUCGUAGACUGAGCACUUCUCCCUUGAAUGAUCCUCACUUGGACCACAUUGUCGCAAUCCUUGCAACUAUCCUGCUUCCAGUGAAAGAGAGGAACAAGUUUUUGGAACAGGUGCAAAUAUCGUUGCAGGACACUGGCAGUCAGCCUGGAGACACUGUCUGGGUGAUGCUGGACGAGGAUGGAGAGGAAGACGAGGACAUAGCGAACUGCGGAGCGAAUCUUUUCGAGAGCGAUCUCAUAUCACUUUUGCAUCAAAUCCCUCUCGACAAACUGUUUGAACAUAUCUUGUUGAUAGAGCGUCAGAAUGAUCAUUUCCAUCAGGACGGGAAUGCAGUGACGGAACAUCAUAUCCUGAGGAUUUUCGCAUUCUCAACUGUGAUAGUACGACUGUUGAAACAAGGUUUGAAGACUUACGAUACCCCGAGGUACAGGCAGCUGGCGAAGAGAUUAAGUGCCUUAAUCCGAGAUACUGUUCAGUACGCAAGUGAUUUGUGGGAAGCUUUUGACAGAUCAAAAAUCGGAGAUGAAUCAAUGCUGACGAGAAUACAGCUGGAGUAUGAUUACUUCUUUUUGAGAGCAACUCUCUGUAUUUUCUCCUCGCGAAGACUCGGCGCUUGGCAGUAUCUCGCCGCGAUUCCUUAUCAUAUCUUCACUUCUAGCAUGCUCUGGAAACUAUUUUAUAUACUCCACACAGAUUCGGCUUUUUCUGACAUCCCUGAACUCGAGAUGUCCCCUCUCGAGUGGGAAGCCGAGCUAAGUUCUCCAGACUUGUACAAACAGUUCGAAGAGAAAUUGAGCAACUUGCCCGGCGAUGAAUCGUAUUUUCUGUUGACUACUUUUGCCAACAUGGCGAUGGCGAGGUCGGAAGAGGAUUAUGAUUUCGUCAGAGCAACGACAAUAGACCUUUUUCAAAUUGGUUUCCUCAGUAAGAAAACUCAAGACACUUGUUCGAAAGAUGCAAGAUCACUUUUAUCCAACCUGACGAGCAAAUAUCCAUCACUUUUGUCAGAUAUUCUUUUAAAACUGAGAGACAACUUUGUCGCAGUUGGAAAGCUGAGUUUGUAUCUCUUCACGGAACUGAGGAUUGAGAAGUGGAUUCCUCAGAGUGAGGACAUGAAUGUGCUUUCAGUUUGGCUGCAUCAGUACCCUCUUUCAUCCACAGAAAGUCAUCUGGCACGUUUAGUGCUUUCGCAUCUUAAUUGGGGAUUCGACAAUAAUGAUAGCUUACAUCUGCCAAUUAGUUUUCAUCGUAGAGUUGCUUUACUCGUUGUCGAGCUCUCGAUGAAGUAUAUUUUAGAAACACCUGGGCAAAGUGUUUCGCUUUUAGCGGAGGGAGUCAAGACAUUUUCGUCGAUGGUGAGACCUCAGAGUAAUGAGCACGCCUUUUCUCUCUGGACUUGGGAGAUGAUUUCACGAUUGAGAUUACAUCAGUUGGACCAGGCGGAUACUGUCAGCCAGUGCUCGAUUGUCAAUCCUGGCGAGGCUUUUUCUCACGUGCCGGAUUUGGAUUCGGACGCCACUUUGGAAAGUCUCGUUCUUGCUCUCAGAGAGAAGCAACCGAUAGCUUGUUUUGUGGCACUGAGAAUGACACUUUGGGGACAUUCGGUGCCUUUGAUUUGUUCCAAGGGAUUUGACCAGUUGCAGAUUUUGCUCUCAUAUUAUAAGUACGAACAAAUGCUCCAGGCGCUGCAUAAUAUUAUUCCGCUGUGUCUCAAUUGUCCGGAAUCUCUGCUCAGAAAUGAAAAGUUCCUGGGAUUAAUGAUAGCUCUUAUCACUGCCGACAGGACGUAUGUGAAGAUGGCCAAAAAUCUCAUUGCUUCGGACUUUCCAGGCGUUAUUUUGACGCAGAUUUCGAAUAUGAUUGAGGCCCAUUUGCUGAAUUAUAAAAGAUACUGUUUACAAACGCCUGAGCCUUUAGUAAGACUGUGGUUAAAUAUUCUUGUACUUAUGCCAGACUGGAACCGGGAUCAAAGUGUGCUUUAUUUAUUAGACACCGUAAUUCGUGCCUCAUUUUUCUACACUGAUGCAAGAGCUACGACAGAAGUUAUGUUCCACAACCUCUUUUCGCUAACAGUUGUAAGUGGAAAUGAGACUCUAUCGGCUGGAAAAAAUUCAAGUUCCUUCGGCUCAUUUUUGAACUGGGCGACGGGUUCGUCCAAUUGCCCAAGCCUUUUGGGUGGAUCGGUACAGUCGAUUUGGGUAGCUUAUAUAGUUUUGUACACAGAACAAUAUGAGAGAGAAUUGAAAACAAAUCUCUGGCGAGAAAUAUUACGAGAAUUGUGCCUACAACCGAAAACUUGUUUGGACUCUGCCCUCAAGAAAGCCUUUGCGACUGUUAAGAUGCAGCCAUUCAACUCGAACAGUUUGGCAAUUUACCGCUGGUCGCAACAAGCUCUCGACACUCCGAUGGAUCAUCCCCUUUUGCCACUUUUGUGGCAGAAUUUCUUUUCUCUUCUUUUGGGUAGACCUCCCUCUUCAACAGGGGUAGUCGAUCACGGCGGCAUGGGUGCGAAAUUUUUCGAAGGGAUGAUAAAUCUCAGCUAUUUGAAGAAACUCAAGAAAAGACUGCACGAUACUGUCGAGCAUUUUCAAAUAAAGUCUGACAACGAUCUGGACGGUGGAAAGUUGAUAACCGACGAGAGACGUAUUUUUUAUCUCGACAUGGCAAAAUUUUACAAAACCCUAACACUGUGGCUAGAAGAGCCAAGGCUUCAGGAAUCAGGACUCUACCUUCCAGCCUUGCCUCCACAAUACAUGUCUCAAAAAUUAAUGCUACUUCUCCAGGGCGAAAGGAAUCCAUGGCUCGAAUAUGUCGAUUAUUUUUCGGUACAACAAAGUCAGCAGAAAGCAAUACAAGAGUGGCAGCACUUGACUCUCCGAGAGCUUGACGAGUCCUGCAAAAAAUCGAGUCAAACUCCAACAACUCCUUUGGAACCAGCGGAUCCUCAGCAGAGGAUAUUCCGAAGACUCAACAGCUACGAGCAACCAGUACCGCCUCCAGUUUUAAGUCGAAACAAUCCCGUGAUAAGUCCUAUUCUCAGAGAGAGUCUUUAUAAUUCGGAUUCGAUUGUUAAUUUGAUCAAACCACACCUCAGAGUAAUUUUGGAUUAUGCUCAGACUUUCAAUCUCAUGGUUUCGGAACACACGGCAGUUGAUUGCAGCUUUUUGGAAUUGGUUCCGAUACUUUAUAAGGAGGUCGAGAAUCAUGUGACUUUACAUGCUUUGUGUGACACGACAUCCUCGAGUCAAAAGCGUACAAGGUCAGGAACUCCACCGAUUGUACAUUGCGCGGGCGCUGCAGUCAUCAGAGUUAAGAUUUCAGAGGCCCGAGUGAGCGAUGGAGUGGAUCAAAUGAUAAGUCAAAACAGGGCAGAGUAUGAAAAUCUAUUGGUGAAAGCCAGUCAACCACCUCCGAGCAAAGUAACUCAAGGCUGCGUCAUCGCCGAUCAUCUGAUCGCACUUCUCGAACACGAAAUAAAUGUCAACCGCACGACAGAAAAUACAGAAGUUCUGCGUAAAGUUCAAGACAGUGGAGUUAAGUUAUUUUAUCAUUUAGUCCAAUUUUAUACAGAGGAAGCUUCACUUUGUCCCCCAACGAAACAACUUCUCACAACUUGCAUAGAAAAAUUAGGACAGCUGUUUAUCAAUGGAGAGGAAAGUCAGGGUCCUGAGCUGCUUAAAGCAAUAAUGGAACGACCUAAUCUCGGUGGACUUUUAGGUCCUCAUUUUACUCCAGUUGCCGGUGGCGCCUCCACAUUUUUACAAAUGUACCAAACCGUGGUUGAAUUGUCGACAGGAUCUAAUGUGGAUUUGUGUUUUGUUCUUCUUUCGAAGUUCGAUGUUGGAAGUUGGCUGAAUUAUAGACGUCCGAGAUUGAGUGAAAGAUCAACGUUUAUAGAACUAGUCUCAAGGGCACUGUGUAAUAUGGGAUUAAAUCCAGAGGACGAUAAGCAGAUACUACACGAGCUGUUUCGCAAUCAUCUUCGACUUGUUUUGCUGCACGAAUUUCCGGAACACUACGGUGAAGUUCUCAGUGUUAUUUUGCGAGGGAGCGAGGGUCAAAGUCUUUCACUUGAUGUUUGGCGUGAUUUGUUGGGAGCUUUGAGUGGAAGACCAAAAACUGCACCUCCUAUUCAGGCUUCGAAAAUCAGAGAUGAAAUUAGACGUUAUGCUACUGAGCAGAGGUUGCUUGCUCGUCAAGAAAUGCACGAGACGGCAGUGCUGCUAAGCAAACAUUUUAUGAACGAACGCCUGCAGUACGGCCUUUACGGUUUAUAUCCAAAGUAUCGAGUCUACAAUGAACCGCUCACAAUAUUUCUUGGCAUGGUGGGUCAUGCUCUUGUUGUCCAAACACUCCAGGCAGACAGAGGAUCACUGGCCGAUCAACUCUGCGAGAAAAUCUGGCCCGUUUUGAGCGAAAUGUUCGCCCCGUGGAUGACGCCCUACUGGACAAGAAAUUUACGAGAACCAACAGCAGCCUGGAUUCAACAGCUGACGGAUGAUCGUUCCAUUCUGCUUCCUUGGAUUAUCGCCGAUGGUCCUUACGCGAACAGAACUGUGGCCAUGUUCGUCGAAUGCAUUCGAUUCAUCACGGACACGCUGCCGGCCUCCAGCAAAAUACUAUGUUUCCUGUGGCAAUUCUACGUCACGAAUUUCGCUCACGCUUCGAUUAAGGAUCACAUUUUGAACGUGAUUCAUGGGAAUUUCUUGAGCUUGCCCUGGGAGAGAUUUUCGCCUGGCAUUGGCGAUGUCGAGUUGAUGAUCAAAGUUGUGGACCAGUAUUUGCCUGAUAGCCACCUAUUUCUGGGCAGCGUUUUUUCAGUUAUUAAUUGGCCCAUCUGGGUUAAUGAAAUGAUGCUGACUCAACCCUUGCCAGUCGCAGCGAGAAUGCACGUUUGUUUGCUCAAUUUGCUGGUAAAAUUGUCGAAUGAACCUAAUGUUCGACAGAAUGAAAAAGCUGUGCGAUUAAUGAUAGAUGCAGAGAAAUUUUCGUGGCACUUGAUCGACGCAACAGCUUUUGAUCAAGUAAUCAAUUGGCACGUGAUGAGUUGCGAUCCAAGAGUUAUUCUUUGUCUUGACAACGAACCGGUUCAUCCAAUCGAUACAGCUGUUAACAACUUAGUAAAAGUGGCGGCAGCUUAUGAUCCAACAAUAACCCAUUUCCAUCCAACAACUUUGAAAAAGCGGCAAAUUUAUGUUCGAUCUGCAGUAAAAUUGUUGAUUAAUUGCACAACGAGACACAAAGCUCUUCUUUCAACGAAUAUGAAAGCAUUCACGAAUGCUCUUUCGCGAAUGCUUGACGAACUCGAAGCCAUCAUUGAAAGCACUGUUUCAGAGUCACAACAAAUUGCGGAAGCAGGUCUUUUAGUAACUGAAUUACUACAUUCAAUAAAUCAGAGUGGACUCUUAGUGGAAAAUCUGAGAACUAGUUGGACCUCAUGGUUGUCUGGAAGAACUGGAAGAAGUCCGAUUGUUAUGGGAAUUUUGAAAGUCAUAGGAGUAGCAGUCGCAUCUCCUUCUACUCUUGGAGACAUCAUGGAAGCUGCUUUGGAAGCUUAUUUCAGACAGAACGUUAUAGAAGAUGUUCAGCCAACCUGGGCUGCGGUUCUGACAAUUUUGCAGUCUAUUGUACCUCGCCAACCACCAGUCGAGGGAAUACUGGUUGCCGACGGAAGACCUCUUUCUUUGUACGCAAUUCUUCUGAAAAGACUUCCAUCGUGUCGAGACAUCCGAGAAGAGGGAAUGCUCCUUACGAAUUUAAUUGAUUGGAUCACUGCUAUUAAGCCCAUGCAGUCUUUCGAGGAUAAACUUCCACUUUUGUGGGCAAAAGCCCUCGAAUUAAUAUACCGUCAAUGUCAAUACACUGAAAACACGACAAUCGCUGCAAGAGCUUUAAAAGGAUUGACAAGAGCCUUGUUUACGGUAGCAGAUGACGCAGGUCAAGGCUGGGGAAUCUUGGGAGCAAUUGGUCUCAGAAAAGGAUCUCAGAUUUCAAUCAGGUGUAAGUUCUUGAGCAGAGCUCUGGGAGUUUAUUGUCUCGCUCAAAUGCCGGAAUCAAAAUUGGAACAACAACUAGUACGAUUUACGCCCCACUCGCCAGGUGUAGCUCCUUUGAGAUCAAACGACUCGGACGCGGUUGAAGUUCGACCUAGUGCUGAUGCCAUCAAAGCUAUGCAGAGUCUGGAAGCCUUGCUUGUCAAUAAGCAAUACCUGGAGCUAAAAGGCGAUGUCGAGCAAGCAAUCAGAUUAAUCAAGGACUCUGCGAAUUCUCUUCACAAUGCGGUUGCCGUUGCCGGCACUCUCACUGGCGAGAUUUACAGUGAAAGGUAUCUCCACGUAUUGACGGAUUAAAUUAUCUAUAAAGUUGCUACAAAUUAUUUAAGUCAAGGUUUCCAUAUUUUUCGAAAGAUAAAUAAUUUUAUGUUUAUUUCGUCGAAAUCUAGUCAUUUAUUGAUAGGCCGCUAUUUCUCUAGGGUUCAACGAUAAGUUUUAGACAUUGUUACGAAGUCGAUGUUUCGCUGAUAGAUUUAAAAAUGGGAUUAUGAGAAUUAUUUAAUGUACUGUUAUUUCGAAUCUUUAGUUUGUUGAAUGUAAUUCACGAAUUAAAUAGGGCUGUGUGUUAAAAAAUAUUUUGAUACCGUGUAGGAAUCGAUACAUUAGUUUAGGCUCGAUUGCGAAAUUGCU